CAUAAUUCACGUUAAGAAUCCAAUUCACGCAGUUCCAUAAAUCAUUACAACCCCACUUUUCCUUUUUCAUUUUCUCUUUCUCUUCCAUUUCUCAUCUCUGUCUUAUCUAAUUCUCUAAUGGCAAAUGUUGUGGAAGUCAAAGUCGGUUUGCACUGUGACGAUUGUAUCAAGAAAAUCCUCAAGGCCAUCAAGAAAAUUGAAGAUAUUGAAACCUAUAACGUGGACACACAACUGAACAAGGUCAUUGUUACUGGCAACGUAACAACAGAACAAGUGAUCAGAGUUCUUCAAAAGAUUGGCAAGAAUGCAACUUCUUGGGAAGAUGCUCAAACCUAUAAGUGAAAAGUUUAGGGUAGCACACUUUUUCUCCCUCAAAACAUUAUUCUCUUUACACACUAUGUACUAUGAAAUUCAAUAAUCUAUUGUCAAUAGUUUAAUUAUAUCUUCCUUAGUUUUGUAAUAUAUUUCUUUAUUAUGUAAGGCUAUUUGUUAUAUAUUUAUAAAUUGAUUUUGAAUUUA